ACAAGUACGUGCCUUGGGUUGUUGUGGAUGGGCAGCCACUUUAUGAGGACUAUGAAAACUUCAUAAGCUAUGUGUGCAAGGCUUAUCGGGGCAGUAUCAUCCUCAAAGCUUGCAGCGAACUAUCCAUUGAUAAAAUCAUUCAAGGGAAAUCCACACAUCCAGUUUGCUACACGGAAACGACUGUCCCAUCAUUAUCGUCAUGAAUUGCCUCGGCUUUAAGGUCAUGGAUGGAUGCAGAAGACAACUUCCGAGUAAUCAUCUUCUGCAUUUCAUCAGCCUUGUGCUCAUGGAUGCAGAAGAUGACAGCUUAAGUGUAAAUCAACUUCCAGGUUUCAUAAUUCAUAAACUUGAGAUUGUGUUAUUCACUAUUGUUAAGUUAUAUUCGGGACUUUAGGUAGGUGGUUGUAGCAUUGCGACUUGAAGUUUAUCUAAACUGCAAACCAAAAAAAUUAACAUAAGAUACCAAAAUGUCCUGAAGCAACUGCUCGGUCCAGGCUUUUAUUUGUGGGCUUAACCCCAAAUAAUAUGAGGAGUUGUAGUGAGGAACUCUCCAACAAUACUCUUUAAAUAAACACGUUUUGUGCAU